GUCAUCUCCGCCCUCCCCCUCCCCCCCUCUCCUCUUUUAUUCUUCUACACGACUAUAACACACACCACACUCUCUCUCUACUCUCCAUUCUUUCACAAUGGCCUCCCUCUCCUUCUCCUCCUCCGUUUCCUCCUCCACCCCUUUCCUCCGUCCUUCUGCCUUCUUUCUAAAACCCCGCUCCAUCUCUCGCCUCCCCCUUGUCCGCGCCAAGAUCCGCGAGAUCUUUAUGCCCGCCCUCAGCUCUACCAUGACGGAGGGCAAGAUCGUCAGCUGGGUUAAAUCCGAAGGCGACGUUCUCUCCAAGGGCGAACCCGUUGUCGUCGUUGAAUCCGAUAAAGCCGAUAUGGAUGUCGAAACUUUUUACGACGGAAUAUUAGCUGCCAUUGUAGUUAAUGACGGCGAAACGGCUCCCGUUGGCGCCCCGAUUGGGCUUUUAGCCGAGACGGAGGACGAAAUCGCCGAAGCUAAGGCUAAAGCAGCGGCGCAAUCGUCGUCUGCGCCUAGUGCCACAGCCACGAAAGUGGAAGAGUCUGCUCCUGUCGCUACGAAAGUCGAAGCUCCUGCUCCCGCCGUUGCAGCAGCUGCUCCGGCGACACCGGGGAAGGUGGUGGCAACGCCGUAUGCGAAGAAAUUGGCCAAGCAGCAUAAGGUGGAUAUUAAUAAAUUGGUGGGGACAGGGCCAUUUGGCAGGAUAACGCCUGAGGAUGUGGAGAAGGCAGCUGGAAUUACGCCUGCCCCCAAGGCAAAUGUGAUAGCGCCUGUUGCCCCAGCUGCAUCUGCUGCAACGUCUACGGCAUCUCCAGCAAAGGCUGCAACAAGUUUUCCUGAGAUUCCAGGGUCAAAUGUCGUACCCUUCACCACGAUGCAGGCUGCUGUGUCAAAGAAUAUGGUGGAGAGUCUUAGCGUGCCGACUUUCAGAGUUGGUUACCCCAUCUCGACAGAUGCGCUUGAUGCCCUAUACGAGAAGGUGAAGCCAAAGGGUGUUACCAUGACUGCUUUGUUGGCCAAAGCAGCAGCAAUGGCAUUGGUUCAGCAUCCAGUGGUGAAUGCUACAUGUAAAGAUGGGAAAAGUUUUACCUAUAAUAGCAGCAUAAAUAUUGCUGUCGCUGUGGCUAUUAAUGGUGGAUUGAUCACACCUGUUCUUCAAGAUGCUGAUAAGUUGGAUCUCUAUCUGUUGUCUCAAAAAUGGAAGGAGCUAGUUGAGAAGGCUAGGGCAAAGCAACUUCAGCCCCAGGAGUACAAUUCAGGGACUUUCACGUUAUCUAAUUUGGGAAUGUUUGGAGUGGAUAGAUUUGAUGCUAUUCUUCCACCAGGACAGGGGGCUAUUAUGGCUGUGGGAGCAUCAAAACCUACUGUUGUAGCUGACAAAGAUGGAUUCUUCAGCGUCAAGAACAAGAUGCUGGUGAACGUUACAGCUGAUCACCGAAUCAUCUAUGGGGCUGACUUGGCUGCAUUCCUUCAAACCUUCUCAAAAAUCAUUGAGAACCCAGAAAGCUUGACGAUGUAGCACGCAACCAAUUAAAGCUUGCCUCUACUACUGUUAGACUUCUGUCAAUGUUUUGUUGUAUUUAAUUCUUUCUUUUUCUUGAGAGAUUAUACAAUUGAACAUUAACAAAUUUUGAAACAAAAGGAUUUUAGAACUUUUUAAAAGACCUAGAUGCGGUUUAUAAUUCUGUUUCGAGGAAGGAUAACCUUUUUUUGGGUUUUAUUUUGGCUUUAGUAUUUAAAUAAUUAUGAUCAGUAAUGAAAUUGGUGUUGAA